CAUUCAGUUGCCGGUCAUGCAUUCACUGUUCAUUCUUUAUGCUGUCGGUGGUUUCUGUCCAUUGAAAUGCUUUGAAGGGCUUUUAAUUUGAAAUCGGUACAGGAAGUGUUGCAACUUCAAAAUAAGGCGCUCUGCACUUCUGUUUGUGAUUGCACCAGCUGGCUGUCUGUCUCCCUGACAUAACGAAUAGAGGCGAUAAGUACGAGUGACAUAACAGCUGUCAGGUGAAGUGUUUUCACUGGUGACGCGACUGACUGUGGCAGCCACCCACUAAAGAGAUAACGUGACUGAGAGCAGCUUCGCGUCUCUUUAACGUGUCAGAGCGGCUGACGAAUGCCAUUUUACACUGGAUUAACUCAGAACUGGAACCUGGACCCAGCCCCGGUGUGCAGUGAUGAAAGCGUGAGCGCUGCUGCAGCUACAAUCUGAGAUUGUUAAAUUAAAGGUGGAAAGUUUCUGCACUAAUCAAACAGAGAAAGAAGCACAAACAGUGAGGUCUGGAGUCCACAGGUCGUGUUUAGAUUGGAGUCCGUGACAUUCCAGCGUUGAUUAACUCUUCUGCUCACAUUUUUCUGAACGGCGGAUAAUCUGAGAGCGAAUAAUUUCAGGAGGUUUGUUCACUGACGGCGCUCGGCGAAAGGUGACCUCAUUUACCUGCUCGACCCUCACAUCUAACCAGCAGCUGUAAUCAUUAACUUUUAAAGGUUCGACCCCUCUACGCUCCCCUCUCACCUGUCCCUCCCCCUUCCUGGUCCUUUUUCCUCUUCCGCCAUUGGCUGCUGUCCCUCCCCCCCCAGAGGGCGGAGCUAAGCAUGGGGUAAGAGAGCUGAGAGGAGACACCAAGACGACACAAGCCGAGGAGGCCCUCGUACCUGCACAGGUGAGACUCCUCACCUCAUUGAACCUUUUAUCAGGUGGAAACCACAGUGGUCAAACACAGCCUGGCAUUGUCCAGUAGAUUACCGGCAGAUGUAAUCGCAGCGUGCCACAGAGCGGCUUUCUGUGCUGAUCAAUGCAACUGGAAACUGGCGUCAAAGUCCACCUUGGCUCGCCGUCCUGCCGUGAAAGAGAGCUGCACAGGUGUGACGGGGUGCAGGACACUGUCAUGGCGCUGCUGCGGAGGAGGCUGAAGCUCGUGGUGACAGUGAUGAUGGUCAACCUCUUCAUCUUCAUCCUCAUCUCCCGAAACAACAGCCAAGACAAGAUUGGGCAACGCAAGAUUCGCAUCCCCUCCAAAUCCUUCUGGACCAAACUGGCUCCCAGCUUGGCCUACUGGAACCGCCAGCAGCAGAUUCUGGAUCUUCAGAACAAUCCCGUCCUGGCGGCGAACUACAGCGCCGCCGAGCUGCCCGAUUGGCUCAACGAGACCAGUUUGACCUCUGACCCCUGCCAGCCCAACAUCAGAGUUACCACUCAGGUGAAAGACUACAACUCCCUACCGCAGCGCUUCAAAGACUUCCUGCUUUACAUGCACUGUCGCUCCUACCCGAUCAUGACGGACCAGCCGGAUGUCUGUAAGGAGCCGCCGUUCCUUCUCCUGGCUGUCAAAUCCCUGGCGCCGCACUUCGACCGCCGCCAGGCCAUCCGUCAGUCGUGGGGACGGGCGGGCGUCAUAGCCAACCAGACAGUUGUGACUAUCUUCCUUCUCGGCAACGCCACAGCUGGGGACCACCACCCGGAUUUGUCCGAGAUGCUGCGCUACGAGAGCAUCCGCCACAAAGACCUCAUCCAGUGGGAUUACCGGGACUCCUUCUUCAACCUCACCGUCAAAGAGGUUCUGUUCCUGGAGUGGAUCCAGACUCGCUGCCCCGGCGCUCGCUUCAUCUUCAAAGGCGACGACGACGUCUUCGUCAACACCUACCGCAUCCUGGACUUCCUCAAGGGCCUCUCGGAGCCCAAAGCCAGGGACCUGUUUGUGGGUGACGUGAUCACCAACGCGGGGCCGCACCGGGACAAGAAGGUCAAAUACUUUAUCCCGGAGAGCAUGUACAUCGGGACGUACCCUCCGUACGCGGGGGGAGGCGGGUACCUUUACUCCGGCGACAUAGCCGCCCGCCUGCACAACGUGUCCCAGCAUGUGGCGCUCUACCCGAUAGACGACGUCUACACAGGAAUGUGUCUUAGGAAACUAGGGCUGGCCCCCGAGAAGCACAAGGGCUUCAGAACUUUCAACAUAGAGGAGAAGUACAGGUCGAACCCGUGCGCCUACAAGAGCUUAAUGCUCGUUCACCCGAGGACCCCGCAGGAGAUGAUCCAGAUCUGGACUUGGCUCAGUAGUCCUGCUUUGAACUGCCAGUGACGACGCCGCAGCAGGCGGAAGACGAUAUACUGAGGUCAAAGUGACAAAUAUUUAAAUUUGAACAGGGCGAAUGACUUUAAAAAGGCAGCUUUAAGUUAAGAUGUUAUUAAAAAGGUCACUUUGAGCCUCAGCUUGGAAUGAAUGGCCACCAUAGUAUUUUGACUUGACGUCGGACUUCCGUAGACGAGUUAACCCCGCUUCACUGUCGAACGAGCUUCAACCCAAAGUGACCGCGUCUUUUCUUUUGCGUGCACAUAUUUAUAUCACGACUAUUUAUACGGCCUUUCUAACGCUUUAACACUGUAUGUCAGCUCUGACGGAGCGUCUCAAUGCUGUAUUAUUAGAAAUUAAGGAGACUAAAGAACUGGGACGUGUCCGCCGGGGACUCUCUCCGCCUCGGGUUGUUUUUGACACUGAUGACAGAGAAUGCUUUCGACUCUCAGGUGUCUAAACAUUUCAAACAAAGAGUGAAACGACGAGCGUCGCCGGCUUUAAAAGUGCUUCCUGGUGAGCACUUCCUAGUGAUUGUUGCUGGAGGCUUUAGUUUGUGCUGCUAUUCCCACCCACACUCCAUAAAAAGUAUUUCACUGGUGACUCGUUCCAACGCGAGCUCAGCCAGUUUAGAGCGUUCAUUCAAACUUGAAACGGGAGUGUUAACUUCCAUCGGUUUUUACUCGAAGCUUUAAAAAUCAUUGACGGAGUUUUGAGACUUGUCGCAGCUCAGCGGGUCUGGGCGUGGAGAAAUCCAAAAUGCUGGCUAAAGUUCUGCUUCAGGUGUUUUUCCACGAGAUGUCUGUUAUUUCAAGCUGCCGGAGUAGAAAACGCCGCCGCCUCGCCCUCGUGAGCGCGUGCUGUUAAGUGUCGCUUGUGCCGUUGACCGAAUCGGAGUCGAACAUGCUUCAGAAACACGGGUGGAACAUCGCGUCCGCCUGAGCUUUCACUACUUGACGUCGGCACUGGUUCUCGCUGAUCAGUUUUAAAAUGUUACAUAUCUUUGAGAUGAUUUCUUCUUCGUGCGGGGACGACGGAGGGGACGACGGAAGAACCGCUCAGAGCUCGGCUCACUACUGUUUGUUACGCGACGUUUCAUUUCAGCGGUGCAGCGAGACAAAGUCAGACACUUGAAACACAUGGAGAGCUUUCACCUUUUUUCUUUGGGAGAGUUAAACGACGACACGGGAAGGAUAGAAAAGGUCAGAAGAGCGCAUGAAUGUAUGUCUGUACCCGGGUUCAGGGUCGAUCCACUUUGGUCUUUUUUUUUUUUCAGUAUUCACACACAGAACCGGUCCACAAAGUCAACACUGAAAGAGAGUUUGACCCAGAACCUGGUUGUUACACUUGAUGAGUGAUGUUAGAGCUCCACCUGCUGGUCAGGAUCCUUUAGUACUCUGACACGACCCAGAACUGUCGUUCAUUUCCUUCUCUCCGUCUCUGACUCCUCACCUGCUCCACAUCUUCACUUGUAGCGACUUAUUUCUCUUGUUUUUGUCACUGUAACGUGAAACUCUCUGCUUACUUUCAGCCUACGCCGGUGUAGGAGUUUGCCUCGCAUGAAAAAACAAGACAAUCACGGCGAGGUUGGUGAAGGUGUUUGUCUCCAUGCAGGAUAAAGCAAACACUAAAGAAUAAGAGAGGAGCCAAAGGCCGAGUUAUUUCAUCCUCACAGAUAUUUAGGUCAGAGUAUCGUUUCGGUCACCGUCUUCACUGUGGUGGUUUCCCGGCACUCACUCACCGAUAACAGAUCUCUGCUGCACGCACACACAGUUUGUGGCUACUUGAAAUGUUUACAUGCUUUAAUAAUAAGUCAGCAUCGUUUUUAUACUCGUUUCUUCAGCAGCUUUGUCUUUAUGUUUGACUGUCCGACCUUCCUCUCCCUCUCCUUCAACCUUUAUCCGUCACUGCGCUUUGUUUUUGUACUCGGUCUCCUUCGGACGCACAACUUCAGCCUCGGUGUGUUCUGACAGUCAGUGUUGCUUCUGUAGAUGCUGGUGGUGUUGUUUUAUUUUUAGGGUUCAUACAGACGUCAUAUUUCCAUCCACGUGCAGUGAAACGAGUGCGAUACGCAGCCUCAGCGUGCUCGAAAUAAUCCAGUAAAAAUGAAUCACGUGAUGAGCGCACAGACAGCUCAGUGUUUCAUCGUCCUGUCUCGUGUGUUCGAUCAAUUAUCCGUCAGACUAAAUUCUAAUAAUCUUCACAUGAAUCCCCCUUUUUUCUUUUUGUCUUCACUGCACGUUGUCAACAUGUAUUUCACACACCUGUCGUUAAAACACCUGCACUAGUCAGAGACGAUUACUAGACGUGUGCCUGAUGUUUGUAUGUAAUGUUGUUUUUCAAGAUUAUCCUUCGAACCACGUGAUCGCUUUCUUUUUUUAAAUACAGAGAAUACCGAGACUUGAUGAUUUGAAUAAAGUUAUAUUUUGCUGUUUUUGUA